GUCAAGAUGGCGUCGCCCAGCGCGUUGUGGCUCCUGGCUGCUGUCCUCCUACCCGCGUCUUGCGCUGCCGCGGCGCUAGGGAGUCUCGCCCCGCCAGCGCCGCUGCCGCUGGUGAUCUGGCAUGGGAUGGGAGAUAGCUGUUGUAAUCCCUUAAGCAUGGGUGCUAUUAAAAGGAUGGUUGAAAAGAAAAUACCUGGAAUUUACGUCUUAUCUUUAGAGAUUGGGAAGACCCUGAUGGAGGAUGUGGAGAACAGCUUCUUCUUGAAUGUGAAUUCCCAAGUCACGACAGUGUGUCAGAUGCUCGCUAAGGACCCUAAGUUGCAGCAAGGCUACAAUGCAAUGGGUUUCUCCCAGGGAGGCCAGUUUCUGAGGGCAGUGGCCCAGAGAUGCCCAUCACCUCCCAUGAUCAAUCUGAUCACAUUUGGGGGACAACAUCAAGGUGUCUUUGGACUCCCUCGAUGCCCAGGAGAGAGCUCUCACAUCUGUGACUUGAUCAGAAAAACCCUGAAUGCAGGGGCUUACACUAAAGCUGUUCAAGAACGCCUGGUGCAAGCGGAAUACUGGCACGACCCCAUACAUGAGGAUAUGUACCGCAAUCACAGCGUCUUCUUGGCAGAUAUUAACCAGGAGAGAGGUGUCAAUGAGUCCUACAAGAAAAAUCUGAUGGCCUUGAAGAAGUUUGUGAUGGUGAAAUUCCUGAAUGAUUCCAUUGUGGACCCUGUGGAUUCUGAGUGGUUUGGAUUUUACAGAAGUGGUCAAGCCAAGGAAACCAUUCCCUUACAGGAGACCCCUCUAUACACACAGGACCGCCUGGGACUGAAGGAAAUGGACAAGGCAGGACAGCUAGUGUUCCUGGCUGUAGAAGGGGACCAUCUUCAACUGUCUGAAGACUGGUUUUAUGCCCAUAUCAUACCUUUCCUUCAGUGAAGCCCUGCUAGUUUGCAUCAGAGCUGUGAACUAAGUGCUUCCAAACCAGUUGGAGAGUUUCCUUCAUACCUAAGCCUGAAUUUAGAUCCUGCUUGCAACUAAUCCUCUCUAGUUAUCAUCUCAUAUGUGGAAAGAUCUAAGAUGCUAAUCUUAUCACUUGCCUCAUCCUAUCAGCAUAUGGUUGGCUGCAAGUUUAAUUAGCUAAUAAUCAUGGAGAUUGUUUACAACCUUUUGGUGUGGUCAAGAUGUAAUAGGUAAUGGAGUCUGCUCCCUAUCAAUGCCAGAACUGUGCCCAAGUCCUGAGGAAAAUGAAUGGAUUCUAGCCUGAGGAAAGCCUAUAGCUAUGCUUCAAGCCAAGAGGCCAGAACCCAGGCCUGAUGCAACUUAUGUAAAUGCUGUUUUGCCAGUGGUGAUUUAACUAGUGCUUGCAAAGUAUCUUGGAUCACAUUUUUGCGCAAUUCCUUGAAGCUGCCCUCUUUUGAGUAAGUUGCCUUCUGUGUUGUCUUAGCAAUUAUACUUAGCCUGCUAGCCCAUCUUGCCUCCGAGGCAUAGCGCUUAUAUUGUAAAUGUAAAUCAAAUUUUUUUAUCUAAGUUGUGAAUUAGUUUUUGUCAUAAAGGGUGGUUAGUACUGAACUGGAUUGCUUGGGGGUGGGGGGGAUGUGCAUCCUGACUAACUUGGGGGUAGAGGUGGAGAGCGUGAGAUGAGAGAAAUUGUACAAGUGGAAACGAAAAAUGAGGCAGCUGAUUCAUUCCCUUCCAUCCUUGAUUAACCUGGCCUUUCUUAAAUGACUGGUGGUCUGGUUUCUAGAGUUCUUCUGUUGCUGGGAAUAGGAGAUUAAUGGGAAGGAAAAAUGUGAAGAGAUCUCUGGCUAACGUCACCCUCCAAAAUCAUAGCAGCAUACUCCAAACUGUUUCUAAUGUGGUCAGUGGAGAAAAGGACUGUUUGCUCAGAAAGCCUGUGUACUAUUGUAACCUGCUCUCAUCGUAGAGAUCAACCACAUUUGAAUAUUAAGUACUCUGAGAAUUCCUGUUUCAGUAAAGAAAACUAACCUAACCUGCUAUUUCCAUGCUACGUGAGCAUGAGGCACCUCAGCCCCCAUCCUGUGAAAACCCAUCAACACUUUCUGAAAGUGCAGAAUGUGCAUAUUCUGGCUUGCAGAAUGUCGGUUUGGGGAAAUGCCUGCUUGUGCUUUGAUGGAAGCACAUUAUUAACUUUGCAGUGUUUACCCUUCAAUUAUCCUUCCCCUCCCUCAAGCUUGAUUUUUCAACUAAAAGCUGGAAGUAGGGGAUGUGAAAAUACUGAAGCUGUCUUAAAUAAAGAAUAGUUUCUUA